AUUUGACUGAAAGUUGAGUGACUGGUGUGCUUUUUACCCAAGACUAUUACACAGGCAAAUGCCAGACUUGUUUUGAGCACACCGGAAACGGCGGUCGGAAAACGCGCCAUGAACACAGAUACGUAAAUUACUCAGCUCCACAAAAUCCAUUAAUAAAAACAGUUAGAUAUUCACUUCUCUCUUCUUAAUCAUUUUUGGUUCCCUUUUCUCGUAUGAUUUCAAUUUCCGCUUGAUUUUACCUUCAAUUGUCUGAAAUUGAGAACAAAAAACGAGGGGAAAAAUGGGGUCUUUGAUCUUUCUUCGAAAGCUAACACACUUCAGCACCCCGCGUGGUCUUGUUAAUUUGGAGUUUUGUUGCGUUUCUGGGGACUCAAAGUUUAGAACUCCAUUGGCCAUGUGUCGAUUCUUUAGGCAGCUCAGCGAUUCCACAAGAGCAAUGAAAUUUGACUUUACAGAUCUUACGCGCCCUCACACUUGGUAUCCAAAGGCUCGAAGAAAAAGACGAAAUAUUAUCUUACAUGUUGGUCCAACAAAUAGUGGUAAAACAUAUCAUGCAUUGAAGCAGCUGGAGUCAAGUUGUUCUGGUAUUUAUUGUGGGCCAUUGAGACUAUUGGCAUGGGAGGUGGCAAAACGUUUGAAUAAGGCUAAAGUUCCUUGUGAUCUUAUUACCGGACAAGAAAGGGAGGAAGUUGAUGGUGCAAAACAUAAGUCUGUUACUGUAGAAAUGGCUGAUGUGAAUUCUGAUUAUGCUUGUGCUGUUGUUGACGAAAUUCAGAUGUUAGGGUGUAGGUCAAGGGGUUUUUCAUUUACACGAGCUUUAUUAGGAAUAUCUGCUGAGGAAUUGCAUUUGUGUGGAGAUGCAGCAGCAGUUCCUCUAAUUCAGGAAAUUCUGAAAGUGACCGACGACAUUGUCAAGGUUUCUAAAUUUUAGCUUUCUUUUGAUUCCACUCCAGAGGUGGUGACAUUACAUAGUUGUCAGCCUUUUUAAAUUUUAACUAGUAUUGCUUAAGAUGUCAUUUCAAAAAAAUUAGUGCACGUAUUAUAUUUGGACCAUGUUGUGACAGUAGAUGUUAUUUUGAUGCAGUAUGAUGCAUCUAGGUGACAAGUGGAGAUUGUAGAUUAGUUUGUAAUUAUUUUGACAUUUAAAGUUGUGUUCCUGCAAAAGAUACAUACGACCUUUCUAGUAAUGUUGUUUAAUAAGCAAUAUACAAUAUGCUAUAGUUAUAUCA